AAGAAAAUGCUCAGUCAACGACAGCUAUUCAGCGACGGCCACAAAAACAGACGUUAAACAUGUAAUCAGCGACGGUUUAUAGCCGACGUCUCUACCGACGGUUUUUUUAAAAUCCAGCGUUGGCUUAAACGGUCGCUAAAAUCAAUGACCGUGUUAAACCGUCGGUGAUAAGAUUUUUUUUAUUUCAGAAAUUGAAGGGCUUGGGCGACGGCUGUAAACCGUCGGUGAAUUUAGUGUAGCCGUCGCUAAUGUGGACGACUUAAACCCACUCCCAUCCAAACUCCCACUCAUAUUAUAGUCGUUACAACCUCCCAGCAUUAUUCUCUCAAACAACCUCCCACGCAUCAAGAAAACUCCCACGCAUUAUUCUCUCAAGCCGUCGCCGGCGAAACUGCGACUAAACACCGGCGAACGGCGACUCGACACCGGCGACUAAAUACCGGCGACUUCUCACGCACUCAGAAACUUCUUUCGCUCUCUUUCCCAUGCACGCAUUCCAAAAAAUCGCCAGCGGAUCUGCCUUGAAGUCCAUUCCGGCGAAUGGCGACUUGAGACCGGCGACAGAAAAAUCUUGCCGGCGGGACCCUGCCGCCUCGUGAUUCACUCCGCCCUUCCGCCGCUACUGCAUAAUUCACCCCUUCCGCCGCUGACUUUGCCGCCUGCCGCCGUGACCACACUCAACUGUCUCCUUGCCGUCAGACAGUAUCGUCUCUCUACUGUGUCCUUGCCGUUGGACUGCCCGGCUGCCUCUAGGUAAGCAUGUCUAAUCCUAAGGAGCGCGGAGGUCGAGAUGGCUUAGGUGGAAGCCAAGGUCGUGGGAAAUUGAUUCGCAGGGAGCUUUUUGAGUCACCAGGAGCUCCAGAAAGCCCGAACCUUGGCUUUGAGACACAACGAGAUGAGUCACAGGCACGUGACAUUGGUGACCAUGUACCGGAGAUGCCGAGCAGCCAGAGGGAGGAAGCUGAAGGGUCAAACCGUGCAUCAAAAAGGGUUUUGAGCCCUACUGGAUUGUGGUUUGAUGAUAACAAAGUUAGCGGGUCCAUCACUGACAUUUUCCAGGGUCAUUUCCGAGAACCUUGGUUUAACUACCGUGAGGUGGACGAUGCAACAAAGACGCAUUGGUGGAACUCAUUCACGGGUCUUUACGAAUGGGCUCCUGAGUUAGAUGGCCAAGUGAGAAAAGCAUACCAUAUGAAAGCUGGAACUCGUUUGAGAGAUUUGCGGUAUUGGGUGCUCAACAAAGCUAAAGAAAGGCCAAAAUGGUUGGGGAAAACCAUUUAUGAAACUAUGAAAAAGAAAAGUCAGGAGCCCGCAUUCCUCGAGAAAUCUGAGAAGGCAAAGAAGAACCGAAGAGGUGGCUCCCUCUCUAAUCCAGUUGAGCCGUCGCACUUUCAGGGUUCCAUCUCGGCGGCACAACAUGCUAAAAAGAUGGUAAGAAUGCAAAGAGUAGAGGAGGAGUACUCCUACCGCCCCGAGUUGUUCUUGAAGACUCAUUUCAAAACUGUUGCUGGAAAAGGAGAAAUUGCAGCAAACAAGAGAGCAAAACAAAUUUCGGAGACGUACAACAAGAAGCUGGAUGAUUGUAGCACUCAAGGGUCACAGCCAAACCCUGAUUUGUUGUAUUGGGAGACAGUUGGUGGGAGGAACAGAGGAAAAGUGCAGGGGUUAGGUCAGGGAGAUUAUUUGUACUACAACUCUUCAUCUGGGCGAGGAGGAGAUGGCUCUUCACAACCAUAUGAGCCAUCGAUUUUUUCUCAGCUAGAGGCGCAGGUGGAGGCCAAGGUCGCUGCACGGAUGGUAGAAGUGGAGGCAAAGGUUGCAGCACGUCUGGAAGAGUCAAACCGGGCCCUCGUGCAGGAAAUGAUGCGGAACAUGACUAAUUUUGGUCACUUGUUCUCAGGUUGCAACACAGGACCCUCUCCACAACGCAGACCAGAGGAUGACCCGGGGUUUGGUGGUGGCGGCACUACACAGACACCAACCACAGUGUAGUUUGUUUGGUUUUGACAACUAGCUAGAUUACUAACUUAUAGUUUGUUCAUACUUAGUCUAAUUUUAUAUAUGCACUUAGUGUCUUAUUUU